CGUCGCAUCAGCUUCCAGGAGCGAGCAGCUGGCGCCCACGGGAGCCGUCAGUGCCGCCCGGGGUGCGGGCCGGGCCGUCGCCACCUCUCAGCACCCGCGCGCGCGCCGCCAUGGGCGCCUCCGCCUCCAGCCAGCUGGACGAGGGCAAAUGCACCUACAUCCGAGGGAAAACUGAGGCAGCUAUCAAAAAUUUCAGCCCGUUCUACAGUCGCCAGUACUCUGUGGCUUUCUGCAAUCACGUACGCAGUGAAGUAGAGCAGCAACGAGACUUAACGUCACAGUUUUUGAAAAGCAAGCCACCGUUGGAGCCAGGAACUGUUUUGUAUGAAGCAGAACUAACACAGUUUGCUGAAGAUAUAAAGAAAUGGAAGGAGAGAUAUGUUGUGGUCAAAAAUGAUUUUGCUGUGGAGAGCUACGAGAACAAAGAGGCCUAUCAGAGAGGAGCUGCUCCUAAAAGCCGAAUUCUUCCAGCUGGUGGCAAGGUGUUAACCUCAGAAGAUGAAUACAAUUUAUUAUCUGAUCGUCAUUUCCCAGACCCUCUUGCGUCUAAUGAGAAGGAGAACGCUCAGCCCUUCGUGGUCCUGCCGAAGGAAUACCCAGUGUACCUGUGGCAGCCGUUCCUCAGACACGCCUACUUCUGCUUUCAUGAGGCCACUGACCAGAAGAAGUUCAGUGCUCUCCUGAGUGACUGCAUCAGACAUCUAAACCAUGAUUAUAUGAAGCAGACAACGUUUGAAGCCCAAGCCUUUUUAGAAGCUCUGCAAUUCUUCCGACAGGAGAAGGGUCAUUAUGGCUCGUGGGAAAUGAUCACCGGGGAUGAAAUCCAGAUCCUGAGUAACCUGGUGAUGGAGGAACUGCUGCCGACCCUUCAGACAGACCUUCUGCCUAAAAUGAAGGGGAAGAAGAACGACAGAAAGAGGGCCUGGUUCGGUCUCCUUGAGGAGGCUUACAACCUGGUUCAGCAUCAAGUUUCAGAAGGAUUAAGUGGCUUGAAGGAGGAAUGCAGAGCUCUGACGAAGGGCCUGGAAGGAACCAUCCGUUCGGACAUGGAUCAGAUUGUGAACUCAAAGAACUUUUUAACUGGAAAGAUCAAAGCGAUGGUGGCCCAACCAGUAGAGAAAAGCUGUGCGGAGAAUGUGCAACCAUUCCUGGCGUCCAUUCUGGAGGAGCUAAUGGGACCGGUGAGCUCGGGAUUCAGUGAAAUACGCUCACUCUUUGAGAAAGAAGUGGAUGAGCUUAACCAGAGCUUUCAGACCACCCAAGACAGUGCCCAGCUCAAGGAGCGUCUGGACCAGCUUAUGAAUCUUCCGCUGGAUUCUGUGAAGAUGGAAGCGUGUUAUGUUCAAGUCAGCCCGCUGCAGGAGCGCUUGCAGGACCUCAAGAGCCGCUUCCGGUUCCCCCAUGUCAACCUGGUUGUUCAGAGGACGCAGAACUACAUGCAAGAGCUCAUGGAGAAUGCAGUAUUUACUUUUGAGCAGUUGCUUUCCCCACAUCUCCAAGGAGAGGCCUCCAAAACUACAGUCGCCAUCGAGAAGGUUAAACUCCGAGUCUUAAAGCAAUAUGAUUAUGACAGCAGCACCAUCCGGAAGAGGAUAUUUCAAGAGGCACUGGUUCAAAUCACACUUCCCACCGUGCAGAAGGCACUGGCGUCCACGUGCAAACCAGUAAGCGGAUGGGUUACUCCAGAGAGGCCGCUCUGAUUGCCUGUGAAGUUC